AUGACUACCCUAUCCAGGAACACAGGCUUACUUUUAUUUCCUUUAUUUUAUUAUUUAGAGGUUUUUAUAUGUGGUGGACAAGAUGGGGGUGGAAUAUUCUCUGAUGUUUGGAAAAUCAACUUAAAAACUUUGCAAUGGGAGAAGCUUAAUACAAAUUUACCAACUCCUGUUUAUUUUCAUUCUGCAGCAAUAUCUCAGGCUGGUCAACUUUUUGUAUUUGGUGGUGUGAACUCUAUAUUAGAAAACUCACGUACAAAUGAACUUUUCUCAAUGUGGGUCAAAAUUCCAUCCUUAGCUGAAAUGUGCUGGGAAGCCAUUUUGUAUUAUAUACCACACAUAGCAUGGUUAAAAAAAGAAAAUUUAUUUGAAGCUGGUGUUCCUGUCCAUUUUCUCAAUCAGAUAGUUUUUGAGUCCUCACUUGAGAAAGAAAUCAAAAACUGCUGCUAUCGACUACAGUCUUAGCAGUUUUCUGUACUUUUCCCUGGAGAUUUUAUCUAAUGGAGGUCUGUGAGAACAUAUAAUUUUUUUAGAGUAUUUAAAUAAUAAUUUAUGAAUGACUUUUAUCUGUCUUGUUAUGGCUAGUGUUGUUUCACCUUGAAAACAAAUCAGAUUGUGAAAAUAUUUUAUAUGUAUUAACUAUUCAUAUGUUAAGUUAAACAAGUAUAAAAAAGGGGGGAAGAAAGGCCUGUAAAAUUGGUAUAAAAUCUCAUAUACGAAUAAUAACAAAUAGCUAUCACUAUUUUACAAAUCUGCUGCAAUCUGUUUCAGUAAUAUGAUAAUUGAUUGAAAGCUAACUUAAUUUUUUGUCUCAGUGUUCUCUUUCAUGAGUUGUUCGUUUUCUGCUCGUAACUGUGAUGAGAUAGUUACCAAAAUAUCUUGCACCAUAUACACUAUUUAGAAGGCAUAUGCCGUUCAGUGAUUUUUAUGAAUCAAAGAUGAGUGUCAGUAACUAUAAAAAAUUGUAUCUAUCAAUAGCACAGACUUAAGUUCACUUCAAAAUUAUUUCAGAAGUUAUUCUUCGUAGGCUAGUAGUCUUACCUGUAUUCAAAAGAGAGCAGAAAAAGAUUUUUCAGUUAUAAAUUGAGCAUUUAAUGGCAUUUGUAAUACUGUUGUUUUAUUAGAAAAUGUGUAAAUAAAUAAAAAAAUAGUUAAUAAAUAAAAAAUUCUUAAUUUUUUUGCCAAGAAUAUACUGAUACAAAAAUAAAGUUGACAAUCAUAACAUCAUUUGUAUAUUUGCCUGUUAUUCUGUUAUUAAAAUUUCUAUACUUGUAAGGAAGCUAUCCCAGUGUAAAAUGCUGGGGCUAGUACAGUAGAAAUGUAUAUGUAUUGGUUGACUUUUGUGUAAAAGUUUUGAUGUUUGUAUAAGCAAUUUUAAAAACUUGUUAUGCUUAUCAAUAUAACUAGGAAAAUACAUUUGUGUUUUCUUUAUGUUUUGGGUUCUUCUCAUGGGGGAGGAUAGUGGUCUUAGUCAAGUGUUUCUGUAAAGAUGUGUUAUGUAAAGAUUUGUUAAAGUUGUAGAGGAUAAUUGCAAAAUAGAUUUGAUUCUAUCAGAAUGUAUUAAAUCUCUCUCUAGUAUUCUGUAUAUACUUAGUACAUUUCAGUAUUUGUUGCUGAAUGCAUUCUAUUAUAUUCAGUCAUAACUCGUGUAUUUUAAAAUUUGUGACAAUGUUUUCAUGCUUUUCAUAAACUGCAAUAGAUACUUUCUGUAGAGCCUUUACAUAUGUGUUUUUGCUGUGAAAUAGACUUUAAAAGUUGAUAGUUUUAUGAGUUUAUUAUAAUGGUACUUUCAUAACUUUAUAUAUUUUUAUCUAUAUUUUAAAGAUUUCAUUUAGGUUUCUAGAAAUUAUUUCUUUUGAAGUUACUAUUUCAGCAAACUUAUUUUAAAUGAAAACUGAAAAAUAAUACAUAUGGGAAUCAAUGCAUGUUUAAUUAAGAUUUUGUAGUAGUUUAUGAUUAUACUUAUUGAAUUGUCGCAGCAACUUUAAAUCGCUUUUGUAGGAUGAGAAAUUUAGAAACAAUCACUGCCCUUGGGGUCAUUUCUGUAGCAUGAGAAAAUAGAAGCAUUGCCAUGGUAUAUAUUUUUGCAGUCAGUUAGUUCUCAGAACUUGAAAUACUGAAGCAUCUUAGAAUCAUGCUUUGUUAAAUAAUCCAUAAAAAGCCACUAUAUAUAUGUAUUUAUUUCCCUGCAUAUUGCAUUUAUAUUCAUUUUGAGUUUGAAACUUCAGAACAUGAAUGUCUUUGUGGAACUUAAGAAAAUUGCUCAAACACUGACUUUUCCUUCCAAAAAUAUAUAUUAGAAAUCUCAUAAUUCAUCAGCAUGUAGGAAAUACUUUAUGCUACUAUAUAGCAAAUAUAAGUGAGAUAUAUGUAAGGAAUCCUAAAAAGUGACUUUUGAUGUUUAUUAAAUAUUGGUCUAGACAUAUGUUUCCAGUUAUGUUCCUUAAAAUAUGGUUAGACACUUUUUGCAUAAUCCAGUUAGUAAAAUAGUUAGUUUACAAUGAAAACUUGGUUCACAAAAUUAGUUCAAUUCUGAAAAUAGUCAAUCACUUGAAAUAUUUAUAAACUGAAAUAAUUUUCUCAAUAGUAUUUAAUGUAAAAUGAAUUAAUCUGUUCCCGGAUCCCAAAUGACUGCUUAGGAAAGAGUAAUUUGUAUGUAUUGGUUUGUCUAAAAAGUCAUGAUGCAUCUUUCCUAUGUUCUUCAGAGGUCCUUUAUUGAUGUAAUUAAUUAAAUCUAACACAUACAUGAUAUUUUAAUGCUAUGUUAAAUACAAGAAAAAAUAGAAAAUUCUAAUUAAAUUACACCUUAGCUCUACAAAGGAAAGUUAACAGGUGACUGAGGACGAGGACGCCUGGUGUAUAACAUAGGUAAACAGGCAUAUGUCCCACGUCCUCCACUGUCUCGAAGAAACAACUCGCUGGAGCCCCGUGAGGCACCGGGAGUUUACAUAGCCAUACAGGGGCUAGAUGUCAAGUAGAUUUUACAUGGGACGUUGUUUUUAAAACAAAGUAACUUAAAAAAGAAUAUAAAGGAUAGCAUUAAAACA